GCAAUUUCGCCAUCUCUUAAUUUUUCAUUGUUACUGUCAAUCACUGUCAAUAUACAUGUAAAGAGAUUUGUAUCCACUGUUUGUUUAUUUAGCUAGUAAUAGUGAAAGAAAAACUCAAUUUAUUUAUAAUUUACCUAAUAAUGGAGGUGAAACAGGAGCCGGAAAAUGUUUUAAUUGAAGCGACAACAAUUGAAAUGAAUAAAUGUUUUAUACCAAAUAAAAACGUCGAAGAAAUUUAUAACAAAAAACACACUGAAAGUAAUAUGACGGCAAAGGCAAACGAAUUGUUAUCAAUAAAACAAGAACUUGAUAUUGAUCUAUUACCUGAUUAUUCACAGCAAACGUGUAUAUAUAGUCAAAGUGAAAUUAAUACCAUUGUUGAUUGUGUCAAAUUAAAAGACAAUUUGGUUAAAAUAAAGAACGCUAAACAUUCAAGAGCAGGAGCUUCAGUUAGAAGAAGUAUGAAACUUUGGGUCUUACCUGGUGGUAUAUUAAUUUGUAAGUUGUGCGGAAUCUUGUACAUUAGAAAAAUCGAGUUAUGCCACCACAUAACCCAACAUAUCGUCAAUAAAAAACAACUUGGUACACGUAAACAUACAAACUACACCAUUGAACAAAAUAACAAAGAAUCGGAACCCAUUGAAUUUGCCAUAAAAGAUCGAUAUGAAAAUAAAUUAACUAAGGAAAGUUUGCAAGAUUCCUCCAACGAAAUAACCGCCGAUACCGGAAAGGGACGUUUCAAGUGCGAUUUUUGUUUGCUAUUUUUCAAGGUUAAAAGCCAUUUUGUGAAACACGUGCGCACUCAUACGGGCGAAAAACCUUUCAAAUGCGAUAUUUGUUUGAAACGUUUCAACCAACGUGGCACAUUGAACAUACACAUACGCAGUCACACCGGCGAAAAACCGUUCAAAUGCGAAAUUUGUUCGAGAAAAUUUUCGGUUAAAAGUAGCGUGGUGAUACACAUGCGCCGCCACACCGGCGAAAAACCGUUCGAAUGCGAAUUUUGCCCGAAGCGGUUCACGGUUAAAAAUCAUUUAAUCAAACACACGCGUACCCACACCGGCGAUAAACCGUACCAGUGCGAAUUCUGUUCCAAAGUUUUCACAGUCGAAAAUCAUUUAGUCGAACAUAAGCGUAGUCACACCGGCGAGAAACCUUACAAAUGCGAUAUUUGUUUGAAAAUAUUCGCGCGCAGAACGCAUCUAGUUCGACACAAGCGUUGCCACACGGGAGAGAAACCGUUCAAAUGCGAACUAUGCCAGAAAUGUUUUUGCGAAAAGGGCGCUUUAAAUAAACAUUUGCGUCGACACGCCGGCGAUAAGCCGCACAAAUGCGACAUUUGUCUGAAAUCGUUUACGGAAAGAGGCACUUUGAAUAAACACAUGCUGUGGCAUACCGGCGAAAAACCGUUCAAAUGCGACGUCUGUUUCAAAUCGUUCACGUGUAAAAGAAGUUUGGGUAGACACGUCCCAAUACACACCGGCGAGAAACCUUUCAAAUGCGAAUCUUGUCCAAAAGCCUUCAUACUUAAAAGUCAUUUGAUCCAACACUUGAACGGUCACAGAGACAACAAACGAUUCCAAUGUAAAAUUUGUAUGAAACAUUUCACCCAGCGAGGCACUUUGAAUGUCCACACGCGCAUCCAUACCGGCGAAAAACCAUUCAAAUGUGACACGUGUCCGAAGAUUUUCGCCUGUAGGAGUCAUUUGGUGCGACACACGCGUUGCCAUACCGGCGAAAAACCGUACAAAUGUGAAAUUUGUUCGAAAUCUUUCGGCGAACGGGGUUCUUUGAAUGGACACAAGCGCGGUCAUACCGGCGAGAAACCCUUCAAAUGCGACAUUUGUUCGAAAUAUUUCACUCAGAGAAGUAGUUUGAAUAAACAUAUGCGGUAUCACACUGGCGAAAAAUCCUUCAAAUGUGAUAUUUGUUUCAAAAUUUUCAUACGUUCAACUCAUUUGGAUCAACAUAUGCUUUGUCAUACCGGCGAGAAACCCUUCAAAUGCGACGUUUGUUCUAAAUCGUUCAGGUGCAAGAGUAAUUUGACUCAACACUUUCGGUGUCAUACCGGCGAAAAACCAUUCAAAUGCGACAUUUGCUCAAAAUUCUUCAGGUGCAAAAGUAAUUUAGUGCAACACGCGCGACGUCAUAAUGUUGAAUGAAAUAUCACAUUUACACAUAAAUAAGAAGGUUGCCACUUAAGUUUUGACAUUGACAUAUGUCGUUGUCAAAUCACAAAAGACGAUCGCCCUUCCUCCAAAACAUCCCUAAACCAAAAUUGAUGAUUCUGAGCAGUGUUUGGAGAUGUACAAUCGUAAUAAACCCGAUUUUUGGGUCGACGUACGGCAAUGGGUGAAAUAUGGCUGUAUCUUUUCACAACGGAGUCCAAUCGACAUUUAAAAGAGUGGAUUGCACGUGAUAAACCGACUCCAAAGCGUGAAAACACGCAAAAAUCGACUGGCAAAGUUAUAGCUCAAGUAUUUAAGGAUCGCGCAUCGUAUAAUAUUCAUCGAUUAUCUUUAAAAGGAGAAAUCCACAAACAUCGGUUAAUACUUAGCGUUGUUGGAACAUUUGAAUGACGAAAUCGUGGAAAAACGUCUCUAUUUGAAGAAAAAUAAAGUGCUGUUUCAUCAAGAGAAUGCAUCGCGCCAUAAAUCAAUGGAAACUAAUUAAUUGAGCGUCAAAUUGCUCCCACAUUCACCGUAUUCUCCAUAUCUGAGCCCCAGCGAUUUUUUCUUGUUCUCAGAACUUGGAGGAUACUCGCCAGACGGACAUUUUGCGACUAUGGAGUGGUUAUCACCAAAAUGGCGAUAACCACUCUAAUUUGAGGCUAAAAAUAAAUCGCUCUAUCAAAAAAUGUCUUUAAAGUAAAUCACAGAAAAUAGUUCCGAUCACAAUCCUGUCAUUUUGACCUUGAAAAGUGCUCUGUACAUUUUAAGCAGACUGCCGCUCUAAAAGGGCUCAAUUUCGAGGCUUCCGAAUGCGAGAAUUAUCGUUCUGAAGACUGUGUCGGGUCGUGAUCAAUUCUGGCGUGCUACAGAACCUCCUGACCUGAGUUUUUUGACCAAACAGGAAAAUGGAGACGGAAAUCAGCAACAAACUGAAAGAGGUAGACCUGCACGAGCAUGGAGAGGAACUAUCGAUAAAGAACUGCAACAGGUAAACUUAACAUGGAAAUAUGCCAAAGAAAUAGCAAAAACAGAAGAAAAUGGAGAGCCUUCGUCAACUAAAUUGGAAGGAAUUUACAAACCACGACCUCUACAAUCUGUAGUUGGUAUAUAUUGAAAUUUUUUAAGCAACGAUGAAACCUCUUGCAUAAUUUUGGCACUCUCCAAAGAUGUGGAGUGAAAGUAGGACAUUGCUGUUUGACUUUCCUGUCAAAUUUGUCUCACAACUCAACUCAAGUACUCUGCGUAGCUUCGGAUCGUUGUAUCAGUCGCUCUUCCUCCAAAACAUCCCCAUACCAUCGCCGUGUUUUACAGUUGAAAUUACACAUGGAUUUAACAUCCGUUCUUCCUUUGGCCUGCGCACAAACUCUCUUCUUUUAGACCCAAAAACCUCAAACUAUCUCCCAAUCGCCUUAUCGCCUUUCCACUAUUGAAGUACCCAAAGGUAAAUCCCUAGAUAGAUAGGACUAAACUACAAUCAUAAACACAGUUAAAAAAUAAUAAACAAUUGAGCCUGUAUUGUACUAACAGAGGCUGUGAAAAUGGACUACAGACUAAGCAACUGCUCUGGACGAAAACAUGUGAUGGAUCAGGACAAGUGUCCGAAGAAAGCAUUGAUGUAUCGAUCGCAGAAUAGAAGAAGACGAGGAAGACCUUCCAGGAACUGGAAGGAAGGAAUUGUACAGACCAAGAAAGACAGAGCUAUCGAGGAACGUGUAUUUUGAAAGUUUUGGCAGGUAUUAGAAACCUAGGAUUCUGGACUAUUAGAUUGUUUAAUGUAUAAUUGGAUAUCAUAUCAUUUUUGGAAAUGGAGAUAAACAUGUUUCAAGUCGAAAAAUAUUUUAUACACCUCAAUUGGAAAGUGAAUAAAUAACGUCUCUUUGUAGAUAACAUUCAGUAUUAUUCCAAUAAUUGUUAUAAUAAGAUUUAAUACUCAAGUAUUAGUAAGUAACUUAAGUAUUUCGUAGUAUUAAUUUUAAGCAUCCUCAAAUGACAUGACAAGCUUCUAAAAAAUAAUUUGUAUCGGAAAUUCUGGAAUAAAAAUUUUAUAUAUAUA